CUGUCGUGUUUUUUUUUCAAAAAACGUUGCUUUCAUGGAUUACAUUUAGCAGAAAACUCGUAAUUAAUUAAAUUUAUAUUUAUUCUAACUACAAAUUACGCACAAAAUUGAGAGAAUUUGUAUAGAAAAAUAGAACUUUAUUGAAAUAGACGUAUGUCCUCUAAUAAUGCGAAUAUGCCUGCCUCUACAAAUACUGUGAAACCCACCUCAACGGCAGCUGUCAACAAUGCGGCUGAAACAAAUGCAACAACAACAGUGUCAACGAUUAAACGUGAGUCGUCUUCCACAACAACAAUAAUGUCGAAUGGAACUGCAAAACUGUCCUCCCUAACACCAGCCAGGGACUUGACAUUGGGUGGGAGAGGCGGAGGUGCUGCAGCAGCGAAUAAAAAAGUAUUUUUACCCAACCUUAAUGUUGUGAGAAAUAAAAAUACCAAUGUAAAAACGUCUAAGGACACUACCAUAAGCAGGGGUAGAGGUCGGGGACGUGGCGCGGAUCGUGGAACCAGAGGUGGCUCGAGAGGCGGUCGUGGGGGUGCAUCCUCACUAAUACAAACGACUGGUGUUUUUUCGGAGGGAGCAGGAGCUGUCAAUUUACGUCCCACCUCCAGGUCCUCGGGUUAUAGCCGGGAUGUGGAUGAUACACCUUCGGCCAUGAGAAAGCCCACAUUGUUAAAAAGUGAAAAGAAAUUAGAUUUAAAGGCUGUCUUGGCCAAGGACAUAGAUAUUUUGAAAUCCCUAGAUGAUGUUGAUGACGAUGAUGAAUUAGAGCAAAAGACUGAUUUGGAUAGAAUACCCGUACAAUUAAAUGAAGGCAAAUGGAAAUAUAUUAAAUCUGAGGUUAAAUUGGAAUCAACUAAUGCUCAAGCGGAAUUAGGUGACUCACAAGAAGAUGCUGUAGCCAUAGCAUCCCAAAUGCAAGCCCUGCUAGUGGCCCAACAAAAAGAGCAACAAAAUAAACCAUUGCCUCGUUAUCCUCAAACGUUAAUGGAACUGCUGGAAAACUCGCAAUCACAGAUAUUUUUAAUGCAACUGCCUGACACAUUACCCUGUGUGGAAGAAGACGAGGAUUCACCAGAAAGUUCUGAAAAACCUUCCACCUCAACAGAAGCCACAAAACCUGUAAAUCCUACUGAACGCAAGAAAAAGCCGGUUAAAGCAAAUGUGUUGAAGAAAAUGGAUGAAGGCCAAGUGGGGCGUUUGAUACGCUACAAAUCGGGCAAAACUAAACUAUUGCUGGGUGAAACCUACUUCGAUUUGGACAUGGGCAUGGAAACAGGAUUUCUGCAGGAUUUAAUGUCGAUUAGCUGUAAUCGUGAUGAGCGCAGUGGAAAUAUGAUUAAUUUAGGACCUAUACAAGCCAAAAUAACCGCCACACCAGAUUGGGAACAACUACUUAAGCAGUCUCUAACAGCAGAUCAACAACAACUGUAGCAUACAUUCGUUUUAUGUUUAGGAUUUUUUAUUAUUAUUUCUCAUGUAUGUUUGUAUAUACAGCUUCACAACGGUCUACUAUUUUUUGUUAGCGCUAUCGGCAUUAUAUUUUAUAUAUACGCAACCCUUUUGUUUUACGAAAAGAAAUUAACAUUUUUUUUAAUUUGCAACAAUAAACAAUAGUUGAGGCUUAAAUCUAAAAAAA